CGUUUGCGCGUCGAGUUAGUAACUGAUUCCGAGAAUGGACGCGUGAUUCGGUCGCGUCUUCUUAAAGGGACGAGCGCGAGUAACAACAAUACGGUGUCGCAUUAGAUGAUCGCGACGUAAGUUUUCAUUACACCGCGUUUGUUACAUAUUUUUUACGCGCUCGGCAUUGUCUGAGCGAUGGGUAAGACGAAGACGGGCAAGGCCGCCGUCAUAUGCACGGCGGUCGCGUUUGUUCUGGUAAUAAUCGCCUUUACCACACCCAAUUGGCUGGAAACCGACGGUAAACUGGAGAAUCCGCAAUUUGUCAAGAUCGGUCUUUGGCAGGUGUGUUUCCACGGUUUCCAGGAUCCGCGUCAUCUCUACGACACCAGAUUCUACGGAUGCUGGUGGGUGUUCGAAGAGGAAUAUUACAUCAUACACGACAUACUUCUGCCAGACUUCUUCGUCGCCACGCAGUUCUUCUUCACGCUUUGUCUGACUCUGCUGCUGAUCGGAAGCUUCCUGACCAUUUUGUACACCUGUUGCUCCCGUCAUCACGACAAGUUUCUGCUGCUGUUGUGGACAACCGGUGGCAACUUGACUCUGGCCGGAGUCUGCGGUAUCAUUGCGGUCAUUAUUUUCGGCGCCAGAGGCGACGGACGCGACUGGAUGCCCAACUGGGAGCACAACGACAUCAGCUGGUCGUACGCUCUGGCCGUUGUGGGCAGUUUCACCCUCGUGGCCUCGGGAACUCUGUUCCUGAUCGAGGGACGAAGGCACAGGAAGAAGCAAGAGCGAAUAUUGAACGAGGAGCAGAAAACGCACACAACGAUCUAGCACAUAACGAAUUAAUAUCCGCGAUAUUUGUCGACCCUUUGGGGAUGGGAUCAAAAAAAUUUGCUCGACAUCACAAGUUUGUUUUUUCAAACAUGGAUCGACGAUAAAAGUUUGUAGAAAUGAUUCUUAAAUUCAAAAGGAGUGCGACUAGACUUUUCGACGUUAAACAUUCGUCGUCCUCAAAGGGUUGUUGAAACAUCAUGAGAGAGAGAGACCGCUCCACUCAAAAAUUCUCAUCCACGCACAUAUAGACAAAACUUCAAAGACUUAUUAAUAUUUUACAUUGUUACAUCAUCUAUAUAUAUAUAUAUAUUUUACUCUAUCUAAAUAUUUACUCAUGUGAAAUUAAAAAAAUCUACAGAACAAUGUCUGAGAUUGCGUUGAGAUAUUGAAGUUAUAGGAUAUAUAUAUUUUUUACGGAAAAAAAAAAGAAAAAAAUUAUAUAAAAUUUCUCAAGUGCCGUUAAACGUGUACCGAUGAGAAAAAAAACGUACACAUAUCGAGGAAAGUCCGUCCGUUGUAUUCGGUCUGAGAUACAGACUUUGUAGACUAAUUUUUCUAUGUAUGUAAAUAAAAACGCAUUUAGAUGCUGCUUUUAAUAGUUA